CACGUGGUCUAUCUACAUUUCAUCAUUCGGACAAGAGGUCACGAGGAGACCAAAAAUACUCGACGUAUGCAAAUCACGCGGAGCCUUGUGACCAAUCAAUCAAGCUCAAACAGUCACACGAAAGUCCCAUGAUUAUAAUAUAUCGAUAACGCUAUAAAAGGCCGCCUCGCGUUACUUCAUUCAUUCCUCUCUCUCCGUUGAACCCGACUGCUGUCGUUCCGUCUUCCAAGGAACCCACCAUUUAUCAUGAAGUUGCUGGUAGCCGCGUGCCUUCUCUUCGCCGUUGCAAGUGGCUUCGUUGUGAAGUUUGACGAAGACGAACAACAGUGGCAAGCGUGGAAACUCUUUCACACCAAGAAGUACACAACAGUGACCGAAGAAGGAGCAAGAAAGGCUAUCUGGAGAGAUAACCUGAAGAAAAUCCAGAAGCACAAUGCGGAGGGUCACUCAUUCACCCUUGCCAUGAACCAUCUGGGCGACCUGACCCAGGACGAGUUCCGCUACUUUUACACAGGCAUGCGGUCCCACUAUAGCAACUACACCAAGAAACAGGGCUCCGCCUUCCUCGCCCCCAGCCAUGUACAGGUCCCUGACACCGUAGACUGGAGGAAAGAGGGAUAUGUCACGCCAGUUAAGAACCAAGGUCAGUGUGGCUCGUGCUGGGCCUUCAGUACCACCGGGUCCCUGGAGGGUCAGAACUUCAAGAAAACCGGCAAACUGGUCUCCCUUAGCGAACAGAAUCUGGUGGACUGCUCUACGGCUUAUGGUAACAAUGGGUGCCAGGGUGGUCUGAUGGACUACGCCUUCAAGUACAUCAAGGAGAAUGGCGGCAUUGAUACCGAGGAGAGUUACCCGUAUGAGGCUAGGAACGAUCGAUGCAGGUUCCAGAAGAGCAAUAUCGGAGCCGUCGAUACUGGUUUCGUUGACGUCACACAUGGCGACGAGGAGGCCCUGAAGACCGCUGCCGGUACCGUGGGCCCGAUCUCUGUCGCUAUCGACGCUGGACACAUGUCCUUCCAGUUUUACCACUCGGGCGUCUACAACAAUGCCGGUUGCAGUAGCACCAGUCUCGAUCAUGGCGUUCUCGUCGUUGGAUACGGCACAUACCAAGGCAGCGACUAUUGGCUCGUCAAGAACUCUUGGGGCGAGAGAUGGGGAAUGGAGGGCUACAUUAUGAUGUCAAGAAACAAGAACAACCAAUGCGGUGUCGCCACACAGGCCAGCUAUCCACUAGUAUAGAUGGCCAAUCAGAGAGCGAUAAACUCCCGCGCUUUUUUAAAAGGCGGGAAAAGUUACGCGCACCGUUCUUUGGUUUCGCGCGCUUUUUAUAACCUGUACAGUGCACCACGAAUUCUGCACCGGAGCUGGUAUCUCUGACUUUUUACACACGUGUCCCAAAUAUGGGAAUCCUUUCUGCGGAAAACGAAGAAUAUUUUGUUCCUACAUAUUUUAUUAUUGUUAUUCAUAGUUUUUUUUGAAUUUAUUUUUAUAUAUCUCAUCUUUUUUAUGGGUAAAAUUAAUAAAAGAGUGUUGUUAGAACUGUC